CUUAAAUACAGGGAAAUCCCAUAAAUUAAGGGAUGGCUAUUCACUCUGAGGUUUGGAUUCCAGUACAAGGAGGAGGAAGAGUGUGUGGGAUGAGGAUUUACUGCUUUGCAGGAAAAAGGUAUUAGAACGGGUGGAUUUACAGGCAGGAAGCUCAAACUGAACAUCACCACAUGAUCUGACAGAGUCACUCAAUUCACCUUUGAAUGUGAAAGAAGAAAUGUUUGUCUGUUCUGUCUGUGGGAAAAGAUUUCAAACAUCAGUGUGACUGGAAAAGCACCGAGACACACACACCCGAGUGAGAGUGUUCCAGUUCAUAAACUGUGGAAAGAGCUUUAACCAGUUACACAGCCUGAAAAAAAAAUUACACUGUUCACAGUGGGGAGAAACCAUACACGUGUUCUGUGCGUGGAUGAGCUUCAACUGAUUGUCCAACCAGGAGGGAGACAAACACACUGGCAUCAUGGAGAAACUGUGGAAAUGUGAGGACUGUGGUAAAGGGUUCAAUUCUUCAUCUCGGCUGGAAAUCCAUCAACACAUUCACACUGGGGAGAAGCCGUUCAGUUGUUCCGUGUGUGGGAAGGGAUUCACUCGGUCAUCCGGCCUUCGGUCACACCAGCCAGUUCACACUAAGAAGAAGCCAUUCAGCUGCACAACCUGUGGAGAGAGGUUCAAGUCUUCAUCCAUUCUCACUGAACACCAGCGAAUUCACAUGGGUGGGAGACCAUUCACUUGCUUCGUGUGUGGGAAGGGAUUCACUCAGGUAUUCGUCCUCCAGUCACACCACCGAAUGCACACGAAGGAGAAUCCAUUCAGCUGUACUUCCUGUGGAAAGAGCUUCCAGCAGUCAAUUGACCUCAAUGAACACCAACGUACUCACAAUGGAGAUAAGCCGUUCAUUUGCUCCAUGUGUGGGAAGGGAUUCCGUUGGUCAUCCCAACUGCUGACACAUCAGCGAGUUCACACUGGGGACAGACCGUUCACCUGCUCCUUGUGUGGGACGGGAGUCACUCAGUCACAACACUUGCUGAGACACGAGCAGGUUCACAAGUGACUGCAGUGAUUGGAUU